GGUAGUCAACAUUUGGGUAAAGAAAUCCUUUUAAAAGGAAAAAAAGAAACUGACACUUAUUUUCUUAAAGAGACUUUACCAUUACAAAUUUGAUCCUUGCAUUUGAAACGUCUUACUUCAUUUUUCUAUUGUAUAUUUAGUCGAAACCAUAUCUGGAACUCGAAAUGUCAAAGGGUAAAGCAGCCAAAUCAAUGAAUAAGAGUGUAUCCUCUCAGAACAAAGAAACUCAAUCCCAAACACCCAUCAGCUGCACGCAGGAAUCCAAGAACGCCUCACAAAGGUCUUCAUUACUUAAACGCUCUCGAUCCCAGUUCUCAAGCAACAAAAGUAUGCCCAACACUCCCAUGGAGAAAAACAAAGAGUCCAAGGGGGUCACCACCAUGGUGGAGAAAUCUCCUGAAGACCCCUGCAUUUGUCGUUCGAGUAGCAGCAUGGCGAGGCUGACUGAGGCUAAUUGUGUAGUAGAAAACGCCUGCGGAAGUGGUUCUUCUCAGACCGUGAGACUUUCCGCUGCGAGCGACGCGGACGGCACGCCUUCCCAGCAAAGGGGUACCUCAGCUGCGGGGCAUCGGGAAACAAGCCACCAUGGCAUUGAUGCCGUGGCGGCCCCCAGCGUUGAGGAGCGGCGAAUUGCACUCCAGCAAAUCCCUCUGCGUUGCAUUCCGAUUUACAAACGGCUGGCGGAGUGUGGGGUGGGUGCUAACGAUCUCUCCUUCGCCGCAGUGAUAACGCAGCGCGCGAUGGAGUCAAUAACGGUGUAUACAGACCACGAAUGAAAAUAGGUGAGGAGAAGGACACGCUGAUAGGGUCCGAAUUAAAUGAUGACCUAAGUUAGUUUUUGCGCGAGCUGAGUCAAUAAAGAAUUUCGAGCGCAGUAACUGAGGAGGUAGUAACCUCAUCUUCAUUACUCAUGUUGCAUGUGAAUUCUACUUCUGGGGCAUCUUUUGCAUCAGACAUUUUUUUUCCAUGCAAAAGAAAAGAAAAAA